CACUACGGUGAAAGACAGAGGUUUGUUCCCUUGGAGACGCCGUAGCGGGUAUGCUCGCAGUUUCCGCCCAUUCCAAUCCCAGCAGGAAGUGAGCGGAGUGCACUGAAACUAACUAAGCGAACUAUCAAAACAAAACUAGCCGCAUCACCACAUAUAACGGGGCCUAUCAUCAUCAUCAUGGACGACGUUACGACGCCUUUGCGGUGCUUUAGUGAGUGCCAUUCCGCAGCAAUGUUCGCUGAUGACGGGGUGGAAACAGUGACUUCACGGGAGCAGAAAAAAGUGGAACGCAGCAUUGAAGAAGUCAUCAGUGUUUACAAGCAAAUACACAGCUUACCACAGCCAACGUUGUUGCGGGAACAACACUACCAAUAUCUCAAGAAGGGCUUACGUCACUUAUCUGAUGCAUAUGAGUGUCUGGAUGCUAGCAGGCCGUGGCUCUGCUUCUGGAUUCUUCACAGUCUGGAGUUACUAGAAGAGCCCAUUCCUGCUGCAGUUGCCUCAGAUGUGUGUCACUUUCUGGCGCGCUGUCAGAGCCCAGCAGGCGGUUUUGCCGGGGGACCAGGACAGCACGCCCACCUCGCACCUACCUACGCUGCUGUCAACGCCCUCUGUAUCAUCGGCACACAACAGGCCUAUGAUAUUAUCAACAGGGAGAAGCUGUUAGAUUUCCUACUGUCAGUGAAGCAGCCGGAUGGCUCGUUUGUGAUGCACGUUGGAGGGGAGGUGGAUGUCAGGAGUGCAUAUUGUGCAGCCUCUGUAGCGUCGCUCACAAACAUCCUCACACCUAAACUGUUUGAGGACACAACCAACUGGAUCCUCAGUUGUCAGAACUGGGAGGGGGGUCUGAGUGGAGUGCCGGGCUUGGAGGCCCACGGCGGCUACACUUUCUGUGGCACAGCUGCACUCGUCAUCCUGGGAAAAGAACAUAUGCUGGAUCUUAAAGGGUUGCUGCGGUGGGUGGUCAGCAGGCAGAUGCGAUACGAAGGAGGCUUCCAGGGCCGCUGUAAUAAACUGGUGGACGGCUGCUACUCCUUCUGGCAGGCUGGACUCCUGCCUCUACUCCACAGAGCUUUAUUCAAACAAGGGGAGUCGGAGCUGAGUCGGCAGCGGUGGAUGUUCGAGCAGCAGGCCUUGCAGGAGUACAUCCUCCUCUGCUGUCAGAACCCAACCGGGGGCCUCGUGGAUAAGCCCGGCAAAUCCAGAGAUUUUUACCACACGUGUUACUGCCUGAGCGGCCUCUCCAUAGCACAGCACUUUGGAAACAUGGACCUCCAUCAUGAGAUGAUCCUCGGCAAGGAGGAGAACAGAUUGGCUCCAACCCAUCCAGUUUACAACAUUUGUCCAGAGAAGGUGGCUCAGGCCCUGCAGCACUUCCACCGGCUGCCUGUCCCUGAUGGCAACAGACAGCCGGGAGCCCCUGCUGACGCCAGAGUGUCAGACCGCACCGCUAACUCAGGAUCAGGCGACCAUCAGUCCUAGUUAGUCAUCAGUGGAGACGUCACUGGGUGUCCACCAGCCAACUCUGGGGAACGGACUCAAACCAGCAAACAGCAGUCCGGUCUGACGUAGACAAGCCCCACAAACCGGUCGGACAACGGACCGGCGGUAGAAACGGGGCUGGAUGUUUAGGAAGAGUUUGCCUAAAUAAAGGUCAACAGUUGUGUGUGGGCAGCUUAGCAUUCAGCUGAUCUUUUUUGCUUGCAAUGCAUAAUGUUUUCAUUCUCUGAAAUAAAAGUGAAACUUGUUAAGGUUUCAGUA